CUAAGAUGAACCUGGCUCCAUCCUGUCUCCUCUCACUGCUCCUUCUGCUGGUUGUAACAGGUGUCCAUGGAGGGAGGAUCAUCGGAGGUGCAGAGGUACAACCCUACUCCAUCAAGUAUCAAGCCUCCCUUCUGUUCAUGAACAGCCACUUCUGUGGAGGAACCCUCAUCCACCCGCAGUGGGUGGUGUCUGCUGCCCACUGCUGGAGGCCGAGUCACAUGAUCCAGGUGGUCCUGAGUGAGCACAACAUCUUCGUGGAUGAGGGCUUUGAGCAGAAGUUCAAUGUCUCCUUAGUCAUCAGGCACUACCAGUACACACACUGGUCAUUUGACAAUGAUAUCAUGCUGAUCAAGCUGGACCAUCCAGCUGUCAUUAACACCAUGGUGGAGCCGGCCUCUUUACCGGAUCCAAACCCACCCCCUCUGGCCGACCUUGCCCGGUGCACAGUCAGCGGCUGGGGCGUGACCUGGCUCAACAGCUACAGCCUCUCGCCUGUACUGAGGUCUGUGGAUGUGAACAUCUUUUCCAACUGCUGGUACUACUACUACUUCAGGAUCACUGAGAACAUGAUCUGUGCUGGUUCUCUCUUUGGUGGUAAAGACUCCUGUCAGGGUGACUCAGGAGGACCUCUUGUUUGUAAUGGUAAAUUUGUGGGCAUUGUGUCUUGGGGCAUCGGCUGUGCCUAUGCUUACUAUCCUGGCGUCUACUCCAAGGUUGGAAACUACCUCGGAUGGAUCAACUGGGUCAUCCAGAACAGCUAAUGUGACUCUACUGUGAUGAAGAUUUGAGUGGAUCCUAAUGGAUUCAAAACAUUUUUUGUUGACAGUACUUUUAUAUCAGCAUGAAUACAUUUGCUAAGUAACUUUUUUCCUACUUAGUGAAUGUCGUGUGAGAGGAAAGACUCUAAAAGAUAGUCUUACAUAUAA